CUGGAAGAGUGGAGCCGAGCGGUGCGGAGCAGAUCUGGUGGUUCUCCAGAGAACGGCUUCAUAUGGUGGAACGUGAGCCAAGCCCCAAGUGCCCAGAAGAUUGAGAGCUGAAAUCUGUUACCUGACGCUGAUCAGAGGGGUUGACCCUGAGCUUGCUGGGCUGUGGACAUCCCUCAGCCCCUUUGUCUGGGCCCCUGUGGACAGGAGGGGCUGGGCAAGCAGGCCAGCUGGGCUAUGGUUUGGUGCCUCAGUCUGGGCAUCCUCAGCCUGAUCUUCAGCCAGGGGGCUGACGGUCAAGGGAAGCCUGAGGUGGUGUCAGUGGUGGGCCGGGCUGGGGAGAGUGCGGUGCUGGGCUGUGACCUGUUGCCCCCCACUGGCCGGCCCCCGCUGCAUGUCAUCGAGUGGCUGCGCUUUGGAUUCCUGCUUCCCAUCUUCAUCCAGUUCGGCCUCUACUCGCCCCGAAUCGACCCUGAUUACGUGGCACCUCCUCAAUUCCAGGAGACACCUCCCUCAGUGCUGGAAGUGCGGGAGCUGGAGCCGGUGACUCUGCGUUGUGUGGCCCGCGGGAGUCCCCAGCCUCAUGUGACUUGGAAGCUCCGUGGACAGGACCUUGGGCAGGGCCAGGGCCCAGUGCAAGUGCAGAACGGGACCCUAUGGAUCCAGCGGGUGGAGCGAGGCAGCUCUGGGGUCUACACCUGCCAAGCCUCCAGCACUGAGGGCAGUGCCACCCACACCACCCAGCUGCUGGUGCAAGGACCCCCAAUCAUCGUGGUGCCCCCCAAGAACAGCACGGUCAAUGCCUCCCAGGACGUAUCCUUGGCCUGCCAGGCCGAGGCAUACCCCGCUAACCUCACUUACAGCUGGUUCCAGGACAGCACCAAUGUCUUCCACAUUAGCCGCCUGCAGUCCAGAGUGCGGAUCCUGGUAGACGGGAGCUUGUGGCUGCAGGCCGUCCAGCCUGAUGAUGCUGGCCGCUACACCUGUGUGCCCAGCAAUGGCCUCCUGCGCCAGCCCUCAGCCUCUGCCUACCUCACCGUGCUCUACCCAGCCCAGGUGACAGUUAUGCCUCCUGAGACACCCCUGCCCAUAGGCAUGCGGGGGAUGAUCCGGUGUCCAGCUCGGGCCAAUCCCCCACUGCUCUUUGUCAGCUGGACCAAGGAUGGGCAAGCCCUGCAGCUGGACAAGUUCCCUGGCUGGUCCCAGGGCACAGAAGGCUCACUGAUCAUUGCUCUGGGGAACGAGGAUGCCCUGGGAGAAUACUCCUGUACUCCCUACAACAGCCACGGUACUGCAGGGCCCUCCCCCGUGACCCGUGUGCUGCUCAAGGCUCCCCCAGCUUUUACAGAACGGCCCAAGGAAGAAUAUUUCCAAGAAGUAGGGCGGGAGCUCCUCAUCCCCUGCUCUGCCGGAGGAGACCCUCCUCCUACUGUCUCUUGGGUCAAGGUGGGCCGGGGCCUGCGGGUCCAGACCCAGGUGGAUGGCAAUAGCAGCCUGAUCCUGCGGCCACUGACCAAGGAGGCUCACGGACGCUGGGAGUGCAGCGCCAGCAACGCUGUAGCCCGAGUGGCCACCUCCACGAAUGUCUACGUGCUGGGUACCAGCCCCCAUGUUGUCACCAAUGUGUCUGUGGUGCCUCUGCCCAAGGGAGCCAAUGUGUCCUGGGAGCCUGGCUUUGAUGGUGGCUAUCUGCAGAGAUUCAGUGUCUGGUACACCCCAUUGGCCAAGCGUCCUGACCGAGCCCACCAUGAAUGGGUGUCCCUGGCAGUGCCCGUGGGAGCUACUCACCUUCUAGUGCCAGGGCUACAGCCCCACAUCCAAUACCAGUUCAGCGUUCUAGGUCAGAACAAGCUGGGGAGUGGGCCCUUCAGCGAGAUCGUCUUGUCUGCCCCUGAAGGGCUUCCUACCACUCCACCUGCCCCCAGGCUUCCCCCGACAGAGAUGCCUGCUCCGCUAUCCCCUCCCCGAAGUCUGGUGGCAGUGAAGACACCCCGAGGGGUGCUCUUGCAUUGGGAUCCCCCAGAACUGGUCCCCAAGAGGCUGGAUGGCUACAUCCUGGAAGGACGGCAAGGAGCCCAAGGCUGGGAGGUGCUGGACCGGGCCGUGGAAGGCGCCGAAAUGCAGCUGCUGGUGCCAGGGCUCAUCAAGGAUGUUCUCUACGAGUUCCGCCUUGUGGCCUUUGCUGGUAGCUAUGUCAGUGAUCCCAGCAACACCGCCAACGUCUCCACUUCAGGCCUGGAGGUCUACCCUUCCCGCACCCAGCUCCCAGGCCUCCUGCCCCAGCCGGUGCUGGCCGGCGUGGUGGGCGGGGUCUGCUUCCUGGGCGUGGCUGUCCUCGUCAGCAUCCUGGCCGCCUGCCUAAUGAACAGGCGCAGGGCUGCCCGCCGCCGACGCAAACGCCUCCGCCAGGAUCCGCCUCUUAUCUUCUCUCCACCCAGGAAGUCCGCUCCAUACUCUGCUUCGGCCUCGGGCAGUCCUGACAGUGUGGUGAAGCUGAAGCUCCAGGGUUCCCCAGUCCCCAGCCUGCAGCAGAGUCUGCUCUGGGGGGAGCCCACCGGACCUCCCAGCCCCCCUCCGGAUGCUCCACCCAGCCGGGGGCCCUUACCCUUGGAGCCCAUUUGCCGGGGCCCAGAUGGGCGCUUUGUGAUGGGACCCGAUGUAGGGGCACCCCAAGAAAGGUCAGACUCAGAGAUGCCUGAACCUCAGACCUCAGCCUGGCGUCAGACCCUGUCUUUUGACUGCAGCAGCAGCAGUCCAACUGGGGUGCCCCAGCCUCUCUGCAUUGCAGAUAUCAGCCCUGUGGGGCCCCCUCCAGCAGCUGCCCCCAGCCCUCUGCCAGGUCCAGGCUCCUUGCUCCAGUACCUGAGCCUGCCCUUCUUUCGAGAGAUGAAUGUGGAUGGGGACUGGCCCCCUCUUGAGGAGCCCAGCCCUGCUCCACCCCCAGAUUAUAUGGAUACCCGGCCUUGUCCCACCUCCUCUCUCCUUCAUCCCCCAGAAUCCCCCUCUUUGUGCUCCACGGUAAUGCUCCCUGGGGCUGCAUUAGGGGCUGGGGCCACCCCAGAGCCCUCUUACACAGCACCGGGUGACUGGACACUGAAGGAGAGGGUCCUGCCAGGCCUUCUCCCCACUGCUGCUCCUCGGGGCAGUCUUACAAGCCAGAGCAGCGGGAGGGGCAGUGCUUCUUUCCUGCGGCCCCCCUCCACAGCCCCCUCUGCAGGAGGCAGCUACCUCAGCCCUGCUCCAGGGGACACCAGCAGCUGGGCCAGUGGUCCUGAGAGGUGGCCCCGGAGGGAGCAUGUGGCAACAGUCAGCAAGAGGAGGAACACAUCUGUGGAUGAAAACUAUGAAUGGGACUCAGAAUUCCCUGGGGACAUAGAAUUGCUGGAGACUCUGCACCUGGGUUCAGCAGGUCCCCAGCUCAGAUCUGAAGCUGAGCCAGAGCUAGGUGCUAAGACUCCAGAGGAGGACUUCACCCCGAACACUGCCCAUGCUGUUGGCCCUGAGGCCCGCUGUGCUGCCCUUCGGGAGGAAUUCCUGGCCUUCCGCCGCCGCUGUGAUGCCACUCGGGCCCGGUUCCCAGUUUAUCGACAGCCAGUCCCCCACCCUGAACAGGCCACUCUGCUGUGAACAGUCCUACUGUGAGGCUGGGCAAGGGCACAUGGACCCUGCAAAGGAAGCCCCCAACAAGACCCAGUUCUGAUCUGGGGCCCUGCCCCUGCCCCUCUGGUGCCCAGGCACAGACCUGAUGAUGGGCUUGGGUGGGCUUGGGCUGGGGAAGUGUGUGCUGACCCCUAGGGGGUGGGUUUGGGGAUUGGAACAGGGAUUUUAGGUCGGGCUCUUUGAGGGGUGUGUGUGUGUGUGUGUGUGUGUGUGUGUGUGUGUGUGUGUGUGGUGUUGUGUCGUGGUAUUGUUUAUAGUGUGGGUGAGGUUUUUUAUGGGUGA